UGUUUUUUGUUUACGACUUACGAACGACUGCGCCUGCUGCUGCUGGCAGACCGGCACAUUUUUGCGAACUGUGCGAUUUUGAUUUCAGAGACGAAGGAAACUGGACAACUUGGUCUAUGCAGUUCUUUGAGGUUCAGAAGACUUUGUAUGCAAAGAACUAACAGCGAUAGCAUCGACUUUCAAGAUCGAAUUCCGUUCACGCGUUGAAUCGUGUCCUCUGCGUUUAUCUCACAAAUAUGUCGGAGCUCAACUUUCUGAAAAUGAAGGCAGACUUUUCCACCUGUUUGCAGGACGCGAUACGGAAGAGCGCAAGGGAAGCUUCAAUGGAACCACUCCAAGCCAUUUUUGCUGCUUACAGUACUUCGAGUGAUGGAGAGAAAAGGCAUGCUUUGGACCAUGCAUUCCGAGAAAAGUUGUCUAGCAUAUUGUCCAAUCCCAACAACAGCAACAUCAGCAUUUUUGAAAAUCUUGUUCGGCUAAGCAUCAUGACCAGCAAGAAAGACAUGUGCAAUGCCACCCUUCCUGUUGUUCUCUUGAGCGACACUUUUGAGUCUCUCACUCUUGAUAAUUGCGACAAACUCUUCAACUUUGUGGAGGAAAGUGUCAGCAUUUGGAAAGAAGACUUCUUUUUCUCAUCAGGAAAAAACCACAUUCUUCGAAUGUGCAACGAUUUGCUGCGGAGGCUUUCUCGGUCUCAAAACACUGUGUUUUGUGGCAGAAUUCUUCUGUUUCUCGCCAAGUUUUUCCCUUUUUCUGAACGAUCAGGCCUCAAUAUUGUCAGUGAAUUCAACCUUGAAAAUGUAACAGAAUACAAUGCAAAAUCAGAAGAUGAUAGUAUUAAAAUGGAAACGAGCAUUCACAAUGAAGAUGCCACAAAAAAUAAGUUGAAAAUUGAUUACAACCUUUACUGCAAAUUUUGGGCGCUGCAAGAUUUUUUCCGAAAUCCGAAUCAAUGCUACAACAAGAUUCAGUGGAAAACUUUUAUCUUGCACUCUGCUGAUGUUUUGGACGCUUUUAGCAGCUACAAGUUGGAGGAAAUUGGAGUUGGUGAAACAAAAAAGGAGAAGCACGUUGCCGAUCAACAAUACUUUGCCAAAUACCUAACAAGCCAAAAGCUCUUGGAGCUGCAACUGAGUGACACAAACUUCAGACGUUUUGUCCUUCUCCAAUUUUUGAUUUUGUUCCAAUAUCUAACCUCGACAGUGAAGUUUCGAUCAGACAACGAUGAGUUAAAGACUGAUCAGGCUGAAUGGGUGAAAGAGACAACAGUUUCGAUUUAUGCACUCUUGGUUGAGACUCCACCACAUGGUGCCGAUUUCGCCAAAGCUGUGAAACACAUCCUUGAGAGAGAAUCACACUGGAGUGCGUGGAAAAAUGAUGGCUGCCAUGAAUUUAAAAAACCAGCUUCCUCCAACUCGCCUUCUGAACCUCUAAAGAAAAGACCUGUCAAGCGCCUCGGCGACCAAAUGAGAGCUGCUAUAGAAAACAAGAGAGUCCUCAUGGGAAAUCCUGAGCUCACAAAACUCUGGAACCAGGCCUCUAAUAACUUGGAAGCAUGCCGAACAAAGGAUCGAGAUUUUCUGCCAUCACUGGAAACAUACUUCGAGGAGGCCAUCUCUCAAGCAAACCCUGCGACCAUGGUGGAGGAGAAGUACAAGAAAGUGAAUGAUGGAAAUUUUGGCUGGAGGGCGCUGCGUCUGAUGGCAAGAAGGAGUCCUCACUUUUUUACUCACAGCAACACUCAGAUUAGCAAGCUUCCCGAGUACCUAGAAAUGAUGAUCAAGAAGAUUGCAAAAGACUUGCCUAGUGGUGAAACAGCUGAUGAUUUGAAGGUGGAGGAGACAGAUUUAGGCGGACCCUCUCAAGAUGCAGAGGAAGACGAACUGUUGGAGGAGCCAAAGGACGGUUUUAAGGAAACAAAAGAAACUGUUGAGGCAAAGGUUGAGCAAGUUGAUGACUACGAUGAUGAUCCAGAAGAGCGCACUACGAUAGCUUUGACUCAAGAGCUGCUAGAUAGUGUUGCAAAAGUCAUAGCGGCAGAGUGGAUCAAAGUUGCCACAAAGCUUGGCUACAAAGAGGAUGAGAUUGAGUACUUGAAAGGGCAGUAUGAUAAUGACAUCGACAAGUGCAUUCAUCUGCUCAAAAUAUGGAAGCAAGAUGACGAAGACGCUAGUGCGGCAGGACUGGCUUACACACUUACUGGACUAGGGUUGACAGAUGCUGCUGUCUUAUUGCAAUAAACAAGUAAAACAUGACUAUUAAAAUAUGAAUUUU